AUGGUAGUGGAUUCCGCGAAGGACGUCAACGGACAACGUUACGCACCUCGCCGUGCGAAGGAAUACGAGGAAGAGAAGCUGUUCCAAUACAAGGUUCCAGAGCUGUCGGUACAAGAUCUCCUCUCUGCGAUCCCUGCGCACUGCUACAAGCGCUCGACAUUUUACUCGUCGUUGUACUUGAUCGGUGAUUUGGUCCAGGCUGGCCUGUUGAUCUACGCAGCGACAUGGAUUGACCCCGUUGUGUCACAGAUGGGUGUGCAGCUUCCUUCUCUUUCGCCGGAUGCAAGCAAGGCCGUUAUGAGCUUUGCUCUUUGGGCUCUGUACGGUUUUGUUCAAGGACUGGUGUUUACUGGCGUGUGGGUGGUAGCUCACGAAUGUGGUCACCAGGCAUUUAGCCCAAGCAAGACAGUAAACAACGCUGUAGGAUGGGUCCUGCAUUCGGCUCUGCUAGUACCCUACCAUUCCUGGCGUAUCUCGCAUGCGCGCCACCAUGCUGGCACGGGACACAUGACUCGUGACGAGGUGUUUGUGCCAAAGACUCGUUCCUCGCGUGGCCUCUUGCCUCUGCGUCCUGCCGAUGACAAGUCUCCUCUUGUUAAUGAGAAUACGACGUGGGGCGAGUGGAUUGCGGAGAUUCUUGAAGAUGCUCCUCUGUACAACUUCAUUGAGCUGCUAAUUCAGCAGCUGUUGGGCUGGCCUCUGUACCUGCUGUUCAAUGUUUCCGGACAACCUCAUUACCCACCAUACACCAAUCAUUUCUCUCCUAACUCCAUCAUUUUCGACAAGCGCCACCGCAACCAAAUUCUGGCAUCGGAUGCAGGCAUCCUAUUGACACUCUCCUGCCUCUACGCUUGGGCCAAGGUAGCUCCAGGCGGAUGGAUGGAUGUGGCCAAGUACUACAUUGUACCCUACUUGUGGACCAACCAUUGGCUUGUAAUGAUCACCUACCUGCAGCACACAGACGUUAAGCUGCCUCACUACCAGCCAUCCAUGUGGACCUUCCCUCGUGGUGCGUUGUGCACGAUUGACCGUGAAUGGCUGGGCCUCGUGGGCCCCUGGUUCUUCCACGGUAUUUCUGAGACGCAUGUGGCCCAUCAUGUUAGCAGCAAAAUUCCUCAUUACAACGCUUGGGAGGCCACAGAGGCUCUGAAGAAGCGUCUAGGCCCUCACUACCUCAAGUCUACGGAAAACGUGUUUGUUACGCUAUGGAAGACUGUUCGUUCGUGCCGCUUUGUGGAUGACGAGCCUGUGGCCUUUUACCGUAAUGCUGACGGUGUUCCUGGAAGUGUACCUGUGUUCCCACGCAAUGCUGAUUCAGGCGUUGCUCUGUCCGAAUAA